AGUUGGACGUCACACAGUCUUCAGACAGAGUUGGAUACGGAUCACCAUCGUCCUCGUCGUCGUCGUCGUCGUCGUCGGUUCUAUAGACAACCUGCCGCCGGUCUCGUGGUCAAACUCUGUCUGGAUGUUGUCGUCCCACAUACUAAGUUCUUAAUUGGUUUAUCCAAAGUUUUAAGUUUUUCACUUUAGUUUUAUUUCUAUUUUUGCGGGCGAGUGUUGCUCAGAAAAUCGUAUCGCGUAGUGAAUAAUCAAGCUAUUAAAUCUGUUAUCUGUGUACCUUAUUUGUGAUAUCCUAACCAACAAAGAAGAUAAACUAAACGAUUUUCGUUGCCUACUAAAACAUAAUUUAAGCCAAUUUAAUCACCGAAAAUAUCUGUGCUUAAGUUACAACUAGAGGCCGAUUAUAUAAUCUUGCACCAACUACGAAAUGGAUUACGUAACUCUGGUGUGGCAUGCACUGUAAAUGAAAAUGCACAAACUCCACGAAUAUCGAAAUUGUAUGGCGACCAAGUGAAAAUCCCCCCCGCUGAGUGAACGAGCCAACCCGAAAAUAGAGUCAUCAAAUUUGUGCUGGCUUCACGGAAAUUAAGCGCCGCCGAUUCGCCACGCUUAUAUACACGGCAAUCCGCCGUGAAGUAGGCAACAAAAUACAUUUAUGCGCCCAAGUGAUAACGGCGCAAAGGCAACGAAGCACAACAGACGCUGACUUGGGCGAAAGGACAGCAGCAGGAGGAGGAGCAGGACCACGACCAGGACUCGGAGAUCCGGAGGCAGGGGCGGAGACAGGACAGGAGUCUGGGAAAAUCAGGACUACUAGCAGCGCAGCACCAUGAAGGGUCUGACGGCGUUUAAGGAGAAGGCGACGGGCGUGUUUGGCGGCCUGAAGCCAAAUAUGGAGAAGUUCGAGAUAUCGCAGAGCUAUCAUGGCGGUCACGGGGGCUACGAGGAGAUGGAGGGGGGCGACCGGGAGGGCCGCGGACCGGGCGGCGGCCACGCCUACGACGACGACGACGACCGGCCCGACUCGCCCGCCUCCUUCGAGGAGAUCGAGCGUCCGCCGCUCCGCAAGAUCGACAAGUACUGCAAGGCGGAGUGUCCUUGCAUGCCGGCCCGCUACACCAUCGCCACCAUGGCCUGCGUGGGAUUCAUGAUCGCCUUCGGCAUGAGGUGCAAUAUGUCGGCGGCCAAGCUCAAAGGGGAGCACAAUGGGACUGUGUUCAUGAACUGGACGGUCGCCGUGGAGAGCCAUGUGGACUCGUCCUUCUUCUGGGGCUAUCUGGUGACGCAGAUUCCCGGCGGCUUCAUCGCCUCCAAGUUUCCGGCCAACAAGAUAUUCGGGCUGUCCAUCGUGAGCUCCGCCACGCUGCAUCUCUUCGUGCCAUUCGCCAUGACCCUGAUGCACGGUCAUGUGGUGAUUUGCGUGAGGGUCCUGCAAGGACUCUUCGAGGGUGUCACCUAUCCAGCUUGCCAUGGCAUCUGGCGCUUCUGGGCGCCGCCCAUGGAACGCUCCCGACUGGCGACGCUGGCCUUUUCCGGUUCCUAUGCGGGCGUGGUGGUGGGACUACCGCUCUCCGGGCUGCUGGCCGAUACCGUGGGCUACCAGGCGCCGUUCUACGCCUACGGAGUGUUCGGCAUCAUAUGGUACAUGUUCUGGAUAUGGUUGUGCUUCGAGAACCCGCGCAAACAUCCAGCCAUCAGUAUACCCGAGCUGAAGUACAUUGAGAAAUCGCUCGGGGAGUCGGCUCAUCCGACGAUGCCUUCGCUGAAGACGACUCCAUGGCGGGAGAUGAUGCGUUCGAUGCCGGUCUACGCCAUCAUUGUGGCGAACUUCUGCCGCUCCUGGAACUUCUACCUCCUGGUGCUGUUCCAGUCCUCGUUCCUCAAGCACAAGUUCGGCUUUAAGGUGGAGGAGGCGGGCUUUGUGGGCUCCCUGCCCCACUUGAUCAUGACCACGAUAGUUCCAUUUGGCGGCAUGUUAGCGGAUCACCUGCGGAAGAACGGAAUCCUGUCCACCACCAAUGUGCGAAAGCUCUUCAAUUGCGGCGGCUUCGGUAUGGAAGGCCUGUUUUUCCUAUUCGUGGCACACUCCUCAACGGCGACGGGUGCCAUGUUUGCCUUGACUUGCGGCGUGGCCUUCAGUGGCUUUGCUAUAUCCGGUUAUAAUGUCAAUCACCUGGAUAUCGCUCCUCGUUAUGCCAGUAUAUUAAUGGGUCUUUCGAAUGGAAUUGGCACUCUGGCCGGCAUCAUUGUGCCCUAUGCCCUUGAUGGUCUCAUCCAGGCUAAUCCCACCGGUUGCUGGACCACUGUCUUCACCCUGGCCGCCUGUGUUCAUUUGGUUGGCUGCACUUUCUACGGCAUUUUCGCCUCCGGAGAGCUGCAGCCGUGGGCGGAACCUCCGGCCGAGGAGCAAAAGGUGUGGGCUCCACCACCAGGUGCCAUUACCAACACGGAUCCUAGCCAGGCGGGCAUGUUGGGCGACUACAUGAAGGAAACCUCAUUCGGUGCCCCCGAGUACACUGAGCAGAGCCAAAUGCAGCAGUCGAGUGCCAUUAGCUACGGCGCCACAGGACACGUGGCCAACAAUCCCUUCGCCAUGGCCAGCGGUGCUCCUCCCAUUGCGGAGGAGGAUGUCCCACCGACCUACGGGGAAGUUACCAAUCCUGGCCAGUAUGGGUACACGCAAGGACAAAUGCCGUCCUACGAUCCGCAGGGAUACCAGCAGCAGUAAUGGGUUCGCCAUAGGUCACUGAUAUAUAUCAUAGCUUUUAGUUGUAGUCGGAAAUCGUUUGACGUAUAUUGUUUGUUCUUGGUGUGCCGUUAAAGUUUUUCCCCCAUUCUCUCUCUAUUUGUUGAGUUCCAUCGAUGGAGGGAUCCUAGGAGAGCCUUUCAGAAACAUAUAAGUGUAUGUAUGUAUAACUAAAGAGUAACGAAUUUGUCAGCGAAUAAGGGGAUUCCACAUGCCACACUAACACAAUGAAACUAUGUACCUAACAGAGAAACUACAUAUGCAUACACAGCAAUACAGAUAACCACAACCAAUUCCAUUGGUCCACAUAACAAACUGACCCAAAACUGACCUAAUCGAUCUAUAAAGCAUAUAUACUAUUAGGGUCUCGCUUACGCGAAUUUCUAUUUACAAGCUCUGAAAAUCGAAACUGCAACACAAGAUAGGGAAAGAACUGGAAAUAUAUACUCAACACUUGUGUAUAUCAUAAAUCACAUAAUCCACACACAAAGCCUAUGAUAAUUAUAUUUAUAUCGGUAUAAUCGUAUAUACAUAUAUAGCCAAAGAUUGUUGUUGAACUGCAAACUGCAAGUUUUAUUACCGUUGAUGAUAUUAUCUUCUGUGUAAAGAGAACAUUUUAAUCAAACCCAAGCAAUUGUUGAUGUUCGGCACGAAUGAUAACCAUAAAAAGAACUAGCUAAUCAAAAGUCAUAAGAAUACUCUGUUAACUAAUUGCUGUUUAUGUUUGAUAUUAUUAUUUAGUUCAUUGAUAUUAAUGCACCGUAUGCUUUUGUGUUAAAAUAACAUGAGCAAGGCAUGAUGUAGGUACUAAACAUAAUACUUAAGUAGAUAGCCGUAGGCGCAUAUAACCUCAGACUUGGUCUUCAUAUGCUCACUACAUCUAAAUAAUAUUAAGGCAUACUUUAAAUAAAUAUUUAAAAAGGUUUUGGUUUCUUUCUUUCCUAAAAUU